CGAGGAGCAAGUGGUACCCACACGUGACCUUUGUCUGUUGGUGCUUUCCUCUCUCUCGUGUGGCGAUGAGUUGAUUUCAAGGACGAAUCGAUGCAGCGGGCACGGUGGUAUUACAUCUACCCGCCUUUUAGGCGCUUCAUCGUCGCUCACAGCAUACCCAGGCCAUCGACGGCGGCGUCGUCAGCAUGCGGCUCUCCUGACAUCGAGUCAACAGCCCGUCGGCCGUCUUGCCGCGGCUUCUCAUCAACCACAGCAGCAGCAGCUUCACAAUCACAGCCGGCACACCCCGAGUCGCUCAUCGCGCAGACUCUCGAGGAGAUGGCUGAAAACAAGGAGUAUCAGGCAACGCUUGACGACCUCAAGAAGUUUGGUCAGAAGCGGCUGUCGCUCGAGGAGAAGAAGAAGCGGCGGCGGGCGCUGCACCACCUGGGGCUGCCGGGGUUCGAUGACUUCCUCCGGCAGAGGAACAUCCCUCUGCUCAAGCGCGACACCGUCACCACCCUGCAGGUACUUACCUGCACGCAAGAACGGACAGGACACAUCACUAUACUCUCUACUCUGCUGUGCCCAUCAAUUCCGUUUUCUCUUCGUGUGUGUCAUGCCAUUCAGGUGAACAUCGGUCUGUACUGCAACCAGGCCUGCACUCACUGCCACGUGGAGGCGUCCCCCCUCCGCAAGGCCGACAUGAUGACGCCAGACAUCGCGGCGCGGCUCAUCGAGGUGCUCGACAACACCCCCACCGUCACCACACUCGACAUCACCGGCGGCGCGCCGGAGAUGAACCCCGUCUUUCGCACACUCGUCAAGGAGGGCCGCGCGCGCAACCUCGACGUCAUCGACCGGUGCAACCUGACGGUGCUGCUCGAGCCCGGCCAGGAGGACCUCAGUGCCUUCCUGGCUGCCCACCAGGUGCACGUCAUCGCCUCGCUGCCCUGCUACAGCCAGAAGAAUGUCGAUUCGCAGAGGGGGCGGAAGGUGUUCGAGCGGUCCAUCCAGGCGCUGCAGGAGCUCAACGGCAAGGGGUACGGCCGGCCGGGGACGUCCCUGGUGCUGGACCUGGUGUACAACCCUGGAGGGGCGUUCUUGCCACCCGACCAGGCGACGCUCGAGGCCAGGUACCGAGAGGAGCUUGAGCGCGACUACGGGAUCGUAUUCAACCGCCUGUACUGCAUGACCAACAUGCCGAUAAAGCGGUUCGCCGACUUCCUGUACAAGCAGGGGAAGCUGGGCGAGUACAUGGAGCUGCUGGUCAACAACUUCAACCCCACCACGGUCGACACCGUCAUGUGCAAGUCGCUCGUCAGCGUCAGAUGGGACGGACGGUGAGUGAGCUGAUGGGAUGGGACCUGAGAAACCAACACGCACUUUGUGUGAAUGUGUGUGUGUAUGCAGCCUUCACGAUUGUGACUUCAAUCUGGCGCUAGACAUGGACCUGCUCCCAGCAGACGGCGCCCCCUCCCAGAGUGACGAGGCGGACCGACCCCUCCCCCGGUCGGUGCUGUCAUCUCCACCCCCCUCCUCCACCACACUGUGGGACAUAUCAUCGCUCAAUGACCUCGUCAACAGGUCAGCACGGGCGCCAAGGACACGGCAAGGCGGCAGAUGGAGUGUGGAUGUCUGUGUAUUUCUGUGUGUGUGUGUCUUCAAUCCAAUCAGGCGUAUAGCGAGUGACACGCACUGCUUCGGCUGCACGGCUGGUGCCGGGAGCUCUUGACAGGGGGAGACCGUGAAGAGCUAGACACACACGGUGCGGCCCUUCACGGUGGGGUGCUUGGGAAUCUCGUGGAUCCACACAUGCCUAGAGAGGGGAGGGGAGAGGGGAGGUCUGCACCAUCCAUCAUGACGUGGUGGCGUGGUCUGCGUGUGUGUCAUUGUUUCGUGCCCGCGAGUGAGUCUGCCCCUCAUCACCCCAGGCAGCUGGGAUGGGGGCGGGUGAUAGCAGGGAGGCGACGGACACACACUCACGCCACGGCCACGUACACAACCAGAUGGAUCCAUCGCAUCAUUGCGGCGGACAGGAAGGCAGGGAAUGGGCGAGCGGUUUUGCGAGGGGGUCAUCACUGGUUCACUGGUGUGACAGACAGUCAUUUUGGCAUCUUGCAUGGUCAUCCGUGCGUUGACAUCGCAUUCGUCAUGAAGAUUCUGUAUCUUACCUGGUUCACAUCUCGGCCGGCCAUAUCAACCGCCACAGGCGAAGGGCGCCAUGUCCGUUGGACAACCAACUGGUGCCACGGUGCCCUUCCAGAGUGGUGAUGUUUGUGGCCGGCCGGGGAAACCGGGCUUUCACUGGAUGGAUGGAUGGAUGCUUGUUGCGUCAGCUUUUGAGUUUGUUGGGCUGGCUGGCUGUACACACGAAUUGAAUGAGUGCGUUCGUAUCAUACAUACGGAUCACGAUAUCACUGUACGCGUGUGUGUCGACGAAUGGACUGUCCCAAAAGAGAGAGUGUGUCCUUGUGUGCGUGACGUUAUCAGCCGUUCAAGACUGCAAGGCAUCUCUUUUUCAUUUUAUUUUUCACGACUGCAUGGUGCGGGUGAGGGUUUAAAUUGUGUGUGUGAAUCUAUAAGUAUGGCUCGAGAGGGGUCAUCCGGGGAGACACUACUGCAAUCUGUCUAUCUGUCUGUCAGUACAAGGGGGGAGGGAGCUCACAGACAGCACGUGCGUGUCCUAGCGUGUCGCUUGUACACAGACCCCAUCCAUGCCGGGAUGAAGAGACGAACUGACUAUGAG